CUACUUCAUUCCCACCUGCGCAGCCUUGGUGGUUCGUUCCAUGGUCUGGGAGAGACGAUGUGCGAGGUGCAGACACUAUAAAUUGGGUCUGCUUAUGCUCCCCGGAGAGCUUGAACCUAUUCUGCCUCAUCGUCUUCGCGGCGUAUUGUUCACCGGCUUCCGCUGCUCAUCGUCAUGUCUGUCCCCAUCAGUCUCGGAGACAUCGCCACCAUUCUCUCCACAUUAAAGAGCAUCUGUAUGGCCUUCAACGACGCUCGCGGUUCAGCUAGCGACUACAGGAAGACAGUCAGUGAAGUGGACCGCUUCCGCGCCGACCUAGAUUCCAUCCAGCGCGUUGUGCUUCCCUUAGCUCAAGCGUUGGAUGCCACAGUGGCCCUCUCAGUUUCCGAGAAACUCGAGGCGUUCUCGCAGGCCACGGGUAGGUUUCUGAAGAGGGUCGAACGAUACAAAGCUGCACUAGGUGGACUGCCAACGCGAGGGUGUGUUUUCGCCCGCAUAUACCGGAAGAUGGAUUGCCACACCAGCAUGACCAUGACUCUCCACUUGUUAACUUUACUGCUUUUGGCGGCCGUUUUACGACCGACCGGUGUUAGCUUGCCGCUGUUAGGGAACAAGGAAACACGGGGAAGGAACAGCUAUCUGCCCAAAAGGAAGUGCGGUUACAAUUCAGGUGGCGGUGAUGACCUGGAGAAAUUCGCGUACAUACCAUAUGCCCCAAAUCUUCGAAGUCCCACAUUAGAGACGCUUACCUCCACAUAUACCGACACAGUCGACCUGGAGUCCGAUUGUAACGGCAGUGUUUCGCCGUCGACCAGCGAGACGCUGUCGAUCGAAACAUGGUAACAUCCGUCUGAAGUGACCUCGAAGGUGUGUACAGAAUCCUCUGGAAUUAGCGACUCGACCCUAUGUUUUCCAUCCGACUAGGUCAAACAAAAUCAUACGAUGCAUACGAUAUCGUCAACACGGUCACGGAUUAUAUGUACUUUACCUCCUAUGUGUAUCAUACCUCUAUGCAGACUCGACACCUGGUAGACUCGCCUACUGUCUCGUAUUCCAACACCUGUAGCAGAAUGUCAAUAUAUCGUUACAAAGAUACGUUGAAUCGCCGGUAUCACGGCGGUAUCACAGUCGCUCCCAUUCUCAAUUCGUGAUCCAGGGAUAGUCUGACCUUCAGCCAGAUUAGUGGAGCGACCCUGUACGUUGAUAUUGCACGACCAUUCGGUGCAGACUAUCGAGAGAGCAAUGUCA